GUGAGUGUUCACUGCGGCUGCUGUGGGACGGGCGCACAGCAACGGGGCUCAGAAAGGUAAACUCUGUGGAUGGCUACAAUGACUUCUUAUGACAGUUUUGUUAAUUUUAUUAUUAAAAUCUGAUUAUUAAAUGAUAGCAUCCUUUAUUGUAGAAGUGAACCUGGAUAUUGUGGAUUGUCGCGCGAGUUGUCAGUUCAGUGACUGAGUUUGGGUUCGAGUUAGCUUGCUGAUACGCUAUAAACUGUGCGGCUUCAUACGAUUUAAACGCGUAACUUCUUCGCAGCUUGGAUAUAUUUUCGUGCCAUGGCUCUGCGAGCGAGAGGUCUGUAUGACUUUAAUUCAGAAAACCCGGGGGAAAUAUCGCUGAAGGAGCACGAGAUUGUGAGUCUGUGCAGCGAGAAGGACAUUGAUGGGUGGCUUGAGGGGACGAACAGCAGAGGGGAGAGGGGGCUCUUCCCUGCCUCCUACAUUGAGAUAUUGAGGAAUGACAACGUGUCGUCUUCUUUUAACAACAACAGCUCUCGUUAUCCCAGUGGAGGUUCUGAGACCAGCAACCCACCACCACCCAGCUUUGCACCCUAUCCGGCACUACCUCAGACACAUCCAGGUACCCCAGCCAGUGAUGAUGACUGGGAUGAUGAAUGGGACGAUCACUCAUCUGUGACCGACGAGCCAGGAGGUGGUGGACAUUACACAAACUAUGAAGGAAAUGGACCCUCUACCUACAGUAUCUCCACAGCAUCGAUGCCCAGAGGCGCGCAGCACGCCAAGAGUUCAGCCACAGUCAGCAGAAAUCUGAACAGGUUCUCGACUUUCGUGAAGUCUGGAGGUGAGGCUUUUGUGUUGGGGGAAGCGUCUGGAUUUGUGAAGGAUGGAGAUAAAAUCUUUGUUGUCAUGGGUCAGUACGGUCCGGAGUGGCAGGAAAACCCCUACCCGUUUUCUUGCACUAUUGAUGACCCGACCAAACAGACGAAAUUCAAAGGCAUGAAAAGUUACAUUUCCUACAAACUGACACCGACCCACACACAGAACCAGGCCAACAGAAGAUACAAGCAUUUCGAUUGGCUCUACGCCCGAUUGGUGGAAAAAUUCCCAGUCAUCUCUGUGCCACACAUCCCGGAAAAACAAGCCACGGGUCGUUUCGAAGAAGACUUCAUAUCCAAGAGAAGAAGAGGGUUGAUAUGGUGGAUGAACCAUAUGACCAGCCACCCGGUGCUUGCCAGGUGUGAUGUUUUCCAGCACUUCCUCACCUGCCCCUCCACGGAUGAAAAGCUUUGGAAGCAGGGAAAGCGGAAAGCCGAGAAGGACGAGAUGGUCGGUGCCAAUUUUUUCCUCACCAUCAGCACCCCGGCGGCCCCCCUGGAUUUGCAGGAUGUCGAAAGCAAAAUCGAUGGUUUCAAGACCUUUUCCAGAAAAAUGGACGACAGCGUGGUGCAAGUCAAUGCCACGCUCAGUGAGUUUGCGAGGAAACAGAUCGCUGGGUUCAAGAAAGAAUAUCAGAGAGUGGGACAGUCUUUUAAAUAUCUAAGUCAAGCUUUUGACCUCGACCAACAGUCUUUCUCGGCUGGUUUGAACCAUGCGAUUGCAUACACAGGGGAAGCCUAUGAAACUAUUGGAGACUAUUUUGCAGAGCAACCUAAACAAGAUGUGGACCUGGUGAUGGAUUUGUUAGCCCUGUACCAAGGACACCUUGCGAACUACCCUGAUAUCAUCCAUGUACAGAAAGGAGCUCUCACAAAGGUCAAAGACAGUAAAAAGCACAUAGAGGAAGGAAAGAUGGAGAGUCAGCAAGCCGACGGAGUCCGUGAACGCUGCAACAUCAUCUCUUUCGCCACGAUGGCCGAGAUCCAGCACUUCCACCAGAUUCGAGUGCGGGACUUUAAGGGUCAGAUGCAGCACUUUCUACAACAGCAGAUCAGCUUCUUCCAGAAGAUCACUGGCAAGCUAGAGGAAGCCCUGCAGAAGUACGACACCUAAAUGGGUUGGACUGACAGAGCCUCGUCUUGCUCAGCAGAGAGACAGACGAACAUCAGCCAAUCACGCUCCAGCAAUAUGACCAAUCAAGAGCCAAACAGAGAAUUUUCCUGUCGAUAACUCUGUCCCCACAUAAUGAAUGUCAGUUAUAAGGAAUAUAAGGUUAUAAUGAGACGAUGAUAUUACUCUCUGUAAAGUGUAUUUCUAGAGAAGAUUUUCGAUGGUUUGGACAGUAUUAUGCUCUGUGAAACUAAUAAGGAUUACAGCGAUGUGCAGGAAUACAAGUCAAAGACAGAUUUUAUUCUAAUAUAAUCACUGAGAGCAUGUCAUGCUAAUAUAUAAUGUUUUGAGUGUCACACCGUCUUCACAUGGUUGGGUGAUAUAUCGAUAUGACUGCCAGCUUUAAACACUUCUUAGCCAUUCUUAGACUAAAGUUUACAGACCCGGUGACAUCCCUGUUGUGCCUUUAAUUCCGUCUCAUUGGUAUUUUUAGAAGUUGUUAAAAAGUUAUAUAUAUUAUUAUUAUUCUAAAUUUGUUUUUACAAGAUUUGAUUUUAUUAUCUUAUAAAAAAGCUUAAAGUCUGAGUAAAGUGACAUUAAAAUAUGUGUUCUGAGUUUGUCACACAACAGAAAAGUGUGUUAUUAACCACCCAGCCAAAUUUGAAUGGAGAAAAAAUCCUCCAAGUAAAUAAAAUAAGUUAUCAAAAGUAAGCAGGACUCUCCGCUCUCAAACGCUGGGGUCGUGGCCGCUGUUGGUGCUGAAGCCACGCCCACUAGCAUCGCUCAACCUGAGUCCCCAGCCCAGUAGGCUAUAUGUGAAUUAUGUGAAUACGUUUUAUGGGAGGAUUUGAAUUCAAACACGCGCGAGUCAAUGCGCGCGAUAUUAAUCAAUAGAUAAUUCACGAGCAGGUUAAAGGUUAUGGUAUUUGGCGUGCUGUCCGGGGAGAGGGCUCCGAGCCUGGCAGUUUCUUCCGAACUUCCGAGUACUCUCCCCAUGUCCGGGGAGAAGGCUCCGGGCCUGGUAUUAGCCCGAACCCAGAGUGCGUUGUGGUUACAAAUAGCACCCGGCAAUGUUCAAAGAUAGCAUUUGUGCACGGAGGCAGCUUAGAGAGACAGGCUUCAUAGGCAGCGUAACGGAAGUCUCUUUGAAUUAUAAACAGAGAGCGUCUAUAUUUUUGCUAUAACCAAUCACAUAUUUAAAAACUACAAUACUAAUUUCUCGCUAGAAAUGCAUUCAAAAGUUAUUGAAAUUGAAAAUUAAACUUACAUUUAUACAAAACUAUGCUCCAACGGUCGUUUCGGCCGCCAUUUUAUUUUUUCGAGCAUGAGCCUUCUCGACCAAUCACGUUCCUCGCAUGUUGUUAUGGAAACGACAGGUCUCUGUCAUUGGUUAGCUAUGAAAAAGGUGCUUGACAGGGCGUUUGAACUUUGUUCAACCGCAAAAGACGCUCUGAGCUGCAGAAAAAGACGCUGGCGUUUUAAAACGGUUUACUCCAUAGGAUUAUAAUUUAAAACAGACGCUAGCAGCUUCAAAAAAGAUGUCAAGUGUGACAUGGCGUAAAACAGCUUUGUCUGUUAGCGAACCAGCCGGGUGGAUUAUCUGCUCGCGCUCAUUUCGAAAUUUGUUAAUUAAACAUCAUUCACUGAAGCAUGUCGCAAUCACGCGCAGUGAUCCUCCUUCCGUUCACGUCUGCGUUACCAUUUGAUUGUUAUUUGACGUGAGAUUUGUUUAGUUGGGCAGAGUGAGAGCGUGAGAGAGCCUGAAAGCAUGUGCGUGAGAGUUUACAACCCUGAGCUCGUGAUUGAGCAGACACCUGAUGCUAGGCGCUCUAGUGAUAGGGUAGGGGCCAUGCAUGCUCGGACGCGUCAUCGAUCCCCCGUUUUAGCCCUGCUCAAAACAUCCUGAACAGAGAAUUGGUGAAAAGCGGUUUAACUCCACAAUUCACUUCUACAUACUUCUGAGUCUUUGUAAUGUGUUUCAGCAAUACAAUUCUCACAUCUAUAAUGUGUUUAGAAACAAUUCUCAGAAUUCUCUUUACCCGGACUUUAAAGCGGCAGGGUACUGUAGCACGCUCCAUAACCUUCAAGCGUAGGAGUUGCUGGUUACAAUGCCCUAAUUUGGUAUUCUGACAGAUUUUUUUAUUGUGAUGUGGACACAAGAUACAGAUUACGUCAUUACUGAAAGACUUGUAAUACUUAGACAGACACCUGAACAUGUGGAAAUGUGAACAGAAAGCAUAGCACACUCAGGAUUCCAAGACUUCCAGUCAUUUUGGUCAUCCUGACAAACAAACUAAUGUGCUCAGACAAUUGAGUUCAUUUUCUACUAACAAAAUUUUACUUUUCAUUGUGGAAAACCCAUACCAAGCUGUGCUGGAAUUUCCAAAAUAAAUAGUUCACAUAACUUUGCUUAUUGCGUUGAAUGUAUUUUUGUGCUCUUUACAUUUUGGGUAGACAUACAGUACCUUAAAUGUUAACAUGGUGUGUGUUUUUGCAGUCAGAUUGGUAGAUGAAAUUAUUAUCUUAAUCUGUGGUUUUCAUUUCUGGUCUGGGGACCCACAGCACGUCACAGCACACUCUUAUCAAGUCAAAAUCAGUUUGAGCUAUGUAGCACAUUGUUUCAUAGUAGAUUUACAGAAAAAAGCAGAUAAACCAUCACACUUUUCUAAGGUCUUUAUAGAGCAAUUAUACAGCAACAACAAGUGUGUCUUAAAAUAUGUGUGUAGACACAGUGAUCAAGCCGAUGGCAGCUGUCUAAAAACUAUAAAGUGUUUGUAGUGGAGAAAAAAUAGCAGACUAAUCUCUAAUUAACAGGUGUGGUAAAUAUAGGAUACAGCAAAACUGAAACUGAAAACUACUGAUAUAGGUUUUUAUUUUGUGCAAGCAUGAAGACAGAUAACAGACAGAAACUAAUGCAUAUGAUGACACUUCCUGAAAGAACACAUUUGUAUAUUCAUUCUUCCUGCUUCAGUCUAUAUCAGAGUUCUCUGUUAGAGGACAGUGACAUGAACCCCGCAGUUUCAGAUUAAAUACCAGUGUCAUGCUAAAGGAAGGGGUAGAAGAAAGUGUCCCCGUGAACCGGAAGUUGCAAUCGUUUUUAAUUCCGUAUUCUGACACAUUUCCGAGUGAAAAGAAAUUUCAAAGGAGAAAAUUAGUGGGCGUGGCUUGCGUUUUUCACUGCGAAUUGACUGGAUGUGUAAAAACAGCUGUUGGAUUGAUUUUGAAAUCAAACUGGCAGCAGAUUGACAGUUGAAGGGGAGGAAUUAAUGGAUGCUCCGGCCAAGCCGCCUAGUUUACAUCAUUUGAGAUGGAUAGUCAUUUCAGGGCGGAAGUACAUUUUCAAAUUUUUACUGAAAAUUAUGAGGGUACGUGAAUUUUAAAAAGAAAAUGUCCCACAUUGAUAGACUAUUUAAUAUAAACGCUGCAUUAUUUCAUGAAAAAAUAAGAAUUCUUACUUUUAAUUUCACUGGGACUUUAAAGACGGGCUGUUUUUCCUAUUGGUGUGAAGGGGUGAAAAUGUGAAUUUUAAUGCAGAUGUUUGUGAAUUAAUAUUAUUGUUCGGUUUGACUGAAAAAUUUGGACAUGUUUUAUUUUCGCAUUGCAUAUUCAUGACCAUGACAGCCUACAGACACUUGUGAUUGUCAGUUUGCAUCAGUAAUUAAACAACAUUCAACUUCUGAUCACUGAGUCUUUAGCACAACAAAAUCAAACUUCUUAUUUUGUUUAAAAUCUUUAUGUGUGAUAGAAUUUCAAGUAAUGUCCAGCAGUGUAUUAUCAUAAUUUAAAACGUUU